AUGCUUAAUGAAGUAAUAGAUAUGAUAUUCUUUAUAGCCACUCUUUUAAUUAAUACGAAUAAUCAAGGAAUCUGGAUUGUUUAAACUCCCUAUUGUUAGAAUGAAGAGAUUCAUAGAGGAUAAUUUAAAUUUUCUAUUGAAUUACAGAUUGAUAUAGAUUUUAAUUAAAUUUAUGUCUCCAUUUUUUGAAUCUAUCAUAAAAAUCAUAAAAACUAACAAAAUAUGGGUAAUUAUUUGAUUAAAAUUUUAGAAAGUUUUAUAUUAAAUUAAUGCAAACUAUCUUAUUCCCUUUUAUAUCUGGAUUAAAAUUGAUAGUUUUAUCAAAAAUGUAGAUGAAAAAUUAGUAACAAUUCCAAUCUAUGAUCAGAUAGUUCUCAUGUUUUAGUACUAAAUAUGAUAUGAUAAGAAAUUCCAUCCUGAAUGAGCCAUAAACAACAACAUAGAAUACAAUUUCAAUAAUAAAUUAAUAUGCAAUAACUCAAUUUUGGAAAAAUAAGACUUUUAAAGAUCAAAUAAUUUUAGAACUUGAAUGUGGCAAUGCUGGUGGUUUAUCUUUUAUUGCGGAAACAUAUGGUCCUUAAAUAUGUAUAGGAAUUGAUUCAUCAGAAAAUCAGAUAUAAAACAAUAUAAAACUUUUUAAUUAAUAGACUAAUUUAAAAUUUUAGAAUAUAACUCCAAAUGAGCUAAGAUCAAUUGAAUCAAAUAAGGUUGAUAUAAUUAUUGGUAUUGAACUCAAUAAAAAACUAGCCUUUAGAAAUAUAAAUAUUAAAAGGUUGUAAUUAAAAGAUAUUUAGUUAUUUGGAAUCAUCAAUGAAUUUAUUGAAGGAAGAAGGAUAUUUAAUUAUAUCCGAUUUUGACACUAUAUAAAAUCUUUCAUAAUUAGAGGAUUAUCUUAUUAAUAUUGAUGGAUUAAAAUUGAUUGAAAAAUAGAAUUUAACAAUUGGAUUGGCUUUAGCUAUGUAAUUAUAAAUAGCUUAUAUAAAAUAACAUUAAGAAAUUUAAGGGAAUUGGAGUAAGCAAUAUUAUUAAUACUUAGUUUCUAAAUUAAUAAAUAAGAAAUUAAGACCUCAUGAAUAAAGAUUAUAACAAAUAAAAGAUAGACAAAAAUUAUAUAUGGUAUAUGUAUUAAGAAAGAGUAAUUUUUGA